GCCAGUGUGAGCUGCGGUUAAUCCGAUGUCGGAGCGCAGAGGACUGACGGAGUCCGCGUCUGUAACUACAGAAACUCCGACCGCACAUGAAGUUAACGGACAGAAAGCAGACUUUUAAUGACGCUGCAGAGUUUAACACGAGACACUAACUUUCAGCGGGGGGCCGGUGUGUGCGGGGGGAGACGCAGAGGUUGACGGGAAGGGAUCCACCUGGAUGUCCGGGGAGCAACGGUGAACAAGAGUUCCAGGCCGUUUGUGGGUUAUUUAUGGUCGGGAGUUUGUCCCGUGGAGGAUUUUCAAGCAGCGGCUUAUUACCCAGAUGUUGAGGCUGUGGAGGCGAGACAUGCUGCUGUCAGAGAGGCUGAGAGAAGACUCUCCGUUGGCCGCAGUGCCUGGCCCCCCGCCCACCGCUGCCCCGAUGGGCCCCAACAUUUCAUGGCUCCCUGAAGUCCCACUCCUGAACCCAGAGCAGCCCAUCUUCCUCAUGACUCCUGCAGCUCAGGCUGUAUCGGGCUUCUUCGUGUGGACGGCGCUCAUCCUCACCUGCCACCAGAUCUACAUGCAUCUACGCUUUUACAGCUCGCCCAAGGAGCAGCGCCACAUCGUGAGGAUCCUCUUCAUCGUCCCUAUCUACGCCUUCGACUCCUGGCUCAGCCUCCUCUUCUUCACUAACGACCAGUACUACGUGUACUUUGACACCGUCAGGGACUGCUACGAGGCCUUUGUGAUAUACAACUUCCUGAGUCUGUGCUACGAGUACCUCGGAGGAGAGAGCGCCAUCAUGGCUGAGAUCCGAGGGAAACCCAUUGAGUCCAGCUGUAUGUACGGCACCUGCUGUCUGAGGGGGAAGGCCUACUCCAUCGGCUUCCUGCGUUUCUGCAAGCAGGCCACUCUGCAGUUCUGCGUGGUCAAACCGCUCAUGGCCGCGGUCACCGUCGUCCUGCAGGCCUACGGCAAAUACAAGGACGGAGACUUCGAUGUUGCCAGUGGUUACUUGUAUGUAACCAUCGUCUACAACAUCUCCGUCAGCCUGUCUCUGUACGCCCUGUUUCUCUUCUACUUCUCCACGAAGGAGCUGCUCAGCCCGUACAGCCCCAUGCUCAAGUUCCUCAUGGUCAAGUCGGUCAUCUUCCUCUCCUUCUGGCAGGGCAUGCUGCUGGCCAUCCUGGAGAAGUGCGGCGCCAUCCCUCAGAUCAACUCGCCGGAGCUGUCCCUCGGUGAGGGCACGGUCGCCGCCGGCUACCAGAACUUCAUCAUUUGCAUCGAGAUGUUCUUCGCAGCGCUGGCUCUGCGACACGCCUUCACCUACAAGGUCUACAUGGACAAAAGUCUGGAUUCACAAGGACCUGCUCUGACAUACGGAGAGUUUGGCCGCCGUGCCCCCAUGAAGAGCAUCUCCAGCAGCCUGAAGGAGACCAUGAACCCGGGCGACAUGGUCCAAGACGCCAUCCACAACUUCUCCCCGGCCUACCAGCAGUACACCCAGCAGUCGACGCUGGAGCAGGGGGCGCCACCGCCCGUCUCCCGCACCCAGAGCGCCGUCAGCGCCCGCGGCGACACGGAGAAGACGCUCCUGCUCAGCUCUGAUGACGAGUUUUAAAAAACGGCACAAACAGGCCGUGGUCGUAUCGCAGCUGAAUCUUGUUCAGACUGAGGUUUGAAUGGCGGAUGGUACUGGGUCCCCCUGCUGGUCCUCUGUAGUGUGUGAUUGAUGGAGUCAUGUGUUUGUUUUUACUUGUUUUUGGGACUGUUAAUGAACUUAAGGACAUUUUUGCGUACACAUUUCUGUAGCCACACCUCCCGAGCAUUUGAUUUGGAUGGAACUCUCUGAGCUGAUUUUGUGUUAAAACCACCGGCCAGAAAAUUUACGGGGUUGAUUUUGAUUCACACUUGUUCUUGUACAUACGGAAUAUAUUUGACUUCAAAACAGAAGCUUGGAGAAGUUUAACUGCACAUUUCAGCUCAGUCUCGUUUUCCUUCUGUCAGAUGUGUUCAAAGAGGUUUUCUGGCUAUAUUACGUUUUACUCCAGUCAUGAAAAUACUUGAAUAGUUGCGUUUUUUAAAAAUGGAAAUGGAAAAUAUAAAAGUUGUAAAAGUUUAGAACUUUUACUUUGAUAAACUCAAAGAAUAUUUAGAUAUUCAGUCACAAAAACUUGAUAAAUAAGUUGCUUUGCAAAUAUAUAUUUAUGUGCUUCAAACAGAAGCUGUUGCCAUUGUUGUGGCAUUAACGUUACGUAUGAUAUACAAUUAAUGAAUGGUAAUUAUGUGUUUUUUUGGAUUUUAAGGGACGUCCUUCACUGCAUUGAGGGAUUGGAUUUAGAGGGAAACUUGGUCGGAAACAUGGAUCAAUUUUGUUAUUGAUAUUGGAACAGAUAAGAGUGAGGCAGAUUAUAGAUUAUACAGUGCAUCUGCUCCAGUGGGCAGCAAGAGUGAAGGGCAGCAGCAGCAGAGGCGUAAUUGGGACGUUAUUUGAACGGCCGGGAUUAAAGCUGGAGCUGGUUCACUCAGACAGUCGACCUCUGCAGGCCACAAUGUAGGUUAACAGGAUCGAGGGGAAAACAGGAGGAAUGUAGGGUAACACUAACUUCAGCUGCUUGUUCUCCAUAGAGGAACAAUAUUAUAGGAACUGAAUAUUUCACCGUCUUGCACAUUUAGUGGAGAGCAUUAAGAUACAAAAGAUAAAACUUCCUUGUUGAUAUCUUCAAAUUUACCAAAUAGCUUCACAAGUUAAAACAGACACUAAUUACGCACAUACACAGAGUCCCCUUGGGGAUAUUUGGGUAAAAGUACAAAGUCAUUGUUUUGCCCCAAAUGUCACCAGGGGCUUUUGUACGUUUGAGUUCUUGAGUUGGAAGUUUUUAAAAAAUCCCCCAACAUCUCAACCUGAUACUUCUGACUGGAUAUGUGAGAAUUUCUCUAAUCUGUCCACAUGAAGUGAGUGUUCUGUGUUUGUCCUGACACCCCACACACUGUGGUGACCUCUUUGUUUGCCAGGAAAGUUUCAGUACUUUAUGUUGUUUUUGCCCGUUAGCUUCACUACAUUUAUUUUGCACAUUAUAUUGUUCUUAUCAUGAGAGAUGAUAUAUUUAAAAGCUAAAAAAACCCACAAACGGGGUAUUCUGAUGUCAGGCAGUCAAUAUAACAGUUAAAAAUAUCAAGUGCAUGAACUUGUGUUUCUUUUUUCUGCUGCUUUUAUUCUCCAGUCCUUUUUUCUUUUUGUCUUUUUUUUUCAUUUAAUUUCACCGCAGUCAGAGUGGGUUAUUUUUUUACUCAUAAUUUUAGGUCUUGACUCAUCUGAAUGAGUCAUAGCAAGCCUGCCGACGUGUUUACUGUAACUACUUUCACUGCUCGGCUGUAGCUCUGUAUGAACACCAGGGGGCUGUGUGGAGUAGACAGGAACAUAGCCACUCUUAUCGGAACUCUAAGUUUAGUGCAUGUACAACAGAAGAAAAAAAGCUUUGUCUGAUGGCCAGUCUUUCACUUUCAUGUCUGAUCAUCACUGUGUGUGUGUGUGUGUGUGUGUGUUUUCAGCUGAGGCUCAGGUCUCAGACAGUGGGCAUCGGUCCUUUUUUAUUUCUACUUCUGUUUGACAUAAUAUUAGUUUUAAAUCAGAGGGAUGCCACGUUUGUGUGAGUGAGCCAGAGCCCAAUGUUUUAAGCACUGCUGAGUGCUUUUUUGGAGGUUAUUGCUAUUAUUAUCCCCUUUUGGGAGUUAAAACGUUUAACAUUAAAGAUACAGAUUUAUUUAUGUGCUUCUCUAUGUUUUGACACAGAUAUUUUCCUCUGCUCUUUCCUAUCAUGGUAGAAAUAACGAUACAAACCAAUUAGAUGCAAGUUUUGUUUUGUUUGUUUGUUGCACUGCAGCUGCUAAAGGCAAGUCUCCCUCCUUUUAAAACAAAGCAAAGCAGAUAACAUGUGUCCCUCUCACUGCACUUUGAACGCCAUACUCGCUCUCACCAGACGAAUACAUGAGCAUCGCUGAGAAAACGCUGUCGACCUUUGUUGUAAAUACACUUGUUAGUGCAGCAUGUUGAAAAACGGGAGAAACAAAGUCCUAGUUUUGUAUUUUUAUUUCAUAACUGUGUUUUUAUUUGAGCAAUUUGUGGAAUUUUGGUUUCUAGUUCUUUGUAAAUAUGAAAGCUGCUCAUGAUGUUUCUAUGUCAUGUCUAAUGGAUGAAUAUUGGAAGAAAUAAUAAAUGAUAUUUAGUCUGGUA